AUGUGGCCUACUUCCAAGGAAGCCAUCAUCCCGUUCGACGGCAGCCUGAAUGUUAUGCAUUACUACGCGAGCACCAUGAACGCGGUCGGCGUCUCGCGCCUGCGCUCCAGUCCUGCAUACAAGAUCCCCAACGAUGCCGUCAUCACAGUCCUUGUGCCGGCACCGGCCGCCGACGGGUCCUUCUUCUACAUGGCCGCCGACGCGAGUGCGCAAGUCUUUUAUCCAAUCGUGUGCGAUUUUGCCGGCAGCGCGGUGCCCCGUGUCUUCCUGGCCAAGGACCUGAGUGCGGGCAUCAAGAUGCUUGAGGGUGGCAGCGUGGCCGAGUCGAUUACAGGUGCCCAGGUGGAAAAAUGCUUCGGCUUGUCGCUGUCGCCGCAGUUUUAG